CUCGAGGCCAAUACAACUGAAGCACCGCAAGAACAAGAGGACAAGAUGGAACGAAGCACUCGCACAAGUUACUUCCGUGUAUCUUUUUCUGCGCGACACCAGUGACACUUCCAACCAGUGUUCCAACGUAAGUGGGGUCGAAUGCCGUGCCCCAGCAACGGCGCGCUCUGGGUAACAAAAGUUAAUCUCGAAGGCUAUGCUUUUCCAAACUGUAUUCGACAAAUAUUGCAACUCUACUGAAGAAUGGUUCAUAGCUGUGCACCCUGACCGUGCCGCUCGUCUUCAAUUUGUUGCUCGAUAAUGCGCGGGGUCGCGCAGGCUCUGGGUGUUUGGAUGGUGUUUUGUGAUGGCUGUUGAUGUGCCUGGUUGAACUGUUGCAAGUUCUUCCAGAGCAGAGCCAGUACUUCAUCCGACCUGUCCGCGAUCCCUCUGCCAGCCAGAUGGAAUGGCGUCCGUAGAGCAACACUUCUUUUAGAAGGCAAGGUGCUGCAAGUUGAAGACUGCCUCCAUUGCAAGUGCAGUCCUGCCAAGACACCAGUACUUCGAUGAUAAUGCUGAUCGAGGACCUUGCAUCUUUGGUUGGGUCAAUGUUACUACAGGCGAGCUGUGACUUUAAUGUAGAUCACUGAGAUGUGGCGACACUGGGCCCCAUCAUGGCAGCCACCAGGGACAAAGAUUUGCAGUGAUGAGUGCUGCUGUCACGGAGUUGUUUGGAUUUGUUUGGCCUUUCCUACCACACAGAACCACUUUGAAGUUGUAUCACCACUGUCCAGGCCAAUUUUUUUUACUCGUGCAUGCUGCAUGGCAAGCAAACAUAUAGUAAGAAAAGCGGCAUGCUGUGAUAAAUGUUGGGUGUCUACCUACCGGGAAAAGUGGGAAUGGACAUCUUGCAAAAAAGCCUUGGUCUCGCCGAGGGUUUCGUCCAUCGAAUCAAGAUCCGACUUGCAGUGCCUCCUGUGGUAUCGAAACUUCGGCGCCUCCCACUGACACUCCCACUUCCAGUUUCGGAAGAGCUCUGUCGGGUGGAAGAACUGGAUGUCAUCGAGCGUGUUAAUGCCUCAGAAUUGGUGUCCUCCUUCAUCGUGGUAAGGAAGAAGGAUGGCAGCAUUCGACUCUGUGUUGACUUUCGGGAACCUAACAAAGCACUCAUCGCCGACAGCUACCCGCUUCCUCACACUGAAGAGCCCCUGAACAGCCUCGUCGGUGCCUCUACCUUUUCCAAGUUGGAUCUUGCAUCCACAUACCACAAGGUUCUGCUGAAUGCCGAGAGCUGAGACUUGACUGCAUUCGUGACUCACGAUGGACUGUUCUGUUUUAAGCAGGUAUGCUUUGGGCUGGCGUCUGCCCCUGCAGUCUUCCAGUAGUUGAUGCUGCAGAUCUCAAAGGGUGCCCUGGAAUUCUGCGCUACAUUGAUGAUAUCGUUGUGUUCAGCAAGACCGGCCAAGAGCACCAAAUGAACUUGGCUGCUGUUCUCCGACGCAUCAAGGCAGUUAGACUCAAGCUCAAUCACAAGUGCACCUUUUGCGUUGAAUUGUCUUUCUUGGGCCACAGGGCCACUGCUCAAGGCAUCUCACUGCUGUCAGAGAAAGUGGAUUCUAUCCUGAACACUCACGCUUCCACUGACACCGCUGGUUUGCAUUCGUUCCUCGGCUUAGUCGAGUACUAUGCCAAGUUUGUUCCCAGCCUUACUGGAGUCGAGGAUCCGAUGCGUGCACUGCUCUGCAAGAAUCAACCCUUCACCUGGAGUGAUGCCGUUGAUGCUAGUUUUUGGUAGGUCAAGUUCCUGUUGUCAUACAGCAAAGUGCUUCAGAUGUUUGAUCCCACUCUUCCGGUGGUUGUCUCCACGGAUGCUUCUGACUUCAGCCUUGGCACUGUUCUCAAAAAAAAAAAAAAUGGAUUGGUGCCAGCUAAGCACAGUCGCCUUCGCAUCACGCACAUUCUCCCCAGCAGAGAGGAAAUGUGCAGUUUGUGAGCGUGAAGCACCUGUGCGCGUCUGGGCCUGCGAGUGUCAACACACAUACCUCUGGGGACGGCGCUUUAGACUUUGUACGGGCCACCAAGCGUUGGUCUCCCUUCUGUCGUCUCAUGACUCGGGAAGAGGCACCCUUCACAUCGCACGCUGGUCAGAGCGUCUUCUGCACUACAACUCUAUAGUGGAGUAUCGCAAGGGGUCAGAGAAUCAAGUUGCGAAUGCACUGUCCGGCCUUUCAGUGUCUGUUUCGCAGGAAGAUGCUUCGUUCACCGAAGAGGGCGUGUCUCAUUGCUCCACUCUGCCGCACCAAAGAACAGUUCCAGCAGCCCCUGCAUGAAGAUGCUACUUUGGAGCAAAUAAAGGCUUACGUUGCAUCAUUUUGGCCGCCCCACAAGUCCACCCCAGGUGAACUUCAGCCAUUCUUAGCCGUGCGUAAGAACUGGCUGUGGUCAACGACCUGCUUUUACGUGGGCAACGGCUUGUAGUUCCUCUUUCCCUUACCCCACAGGCCGUUUCCACUGCACACAAAGCCCACCCUGGGAUAGUUCGUACCAAGGCGCAACUAAGAGAGUGGUUUUGGUGGCCUCGCAUGGACAAGCAAGUGGAAAUUGCCAUUCACAACAGCAUAGUCUGCCAGGCUGCAGACAAGAAUGCCAAGACUGCACUGACUCUGCUGAAACCUGUGCCCCUGCCAGAGCGUCCAUGGCAUAAGGUCGCCAUCAACAUUGUCGGUCCCAUGGAAAGAGCGCCGCACGAUUGCAUGUUCGCUGUCACCCUCGUAGGCUACUUUUCCAAGUGGCCUGAAGUACAGUUUUGCAUCGAGGUGUCAAUGCGCACAGUGGCAAUCUUUCUGCUCUCAGUACUUUCUUGAGAGGGCUACCCCGACGAGAUUGUAUGCGACAAUGGGACUAGUUUUGUUCCUGAGAGUUCAAACAAUUCCUGAACAAUUGUGCCAUUCACCUCUCACACUGUUCGGUGUACUACCCCCAGGUGAAUGGACUUGUAGAACGAUUCAACCGUGGUUUCAAGAACUUCAUGCAGACAGCUUUGCUGGAACAUCAGUCACUACACCCAGUGGUCGUCGAAUACCUCGGCAUCUACUGGUGCACACCACAUGCGACCACGGGAGUCGCCCUGGCUCUGUUGCUGCAUAGAAGGCUGCUGAGAACACGCCUGGACAUCGUCGGGCACCCAUUGUCGUCCUUCUUCAAGGACCCAGCUACCGAGCUCCGUCAGCUGUGUCAUCGGAUGAAGCGUAAGCGAGAGAGCAGCAAGAAGCAUACAGAUUUUCAUCGAGCCGCGAAGUCACUAACUUUGCAGUUAGUGACUUCGUCCGGGUGUGGAAACCCUCUGUCACUUUCAAAAGAGACUCUUCGUUUGGCAGUCCCUGCAAAGUGCUGGAGCAUCACGGACUCUUUCCGCCUUAAUGAUGGCACGACCUGGAAUGCAUCCAAGCUUGCCAAAGUCUCUUCGGGUGCCCGUUCUCUGCAUCCAGAGAAGACCUGGAAAGCGCAAGAGGCUAGCACACCGAGGUUCCCGUCACCGGGGAGCCCCGGGCUACCAGCUGCUCGUGAGGCAUGUCAAGUGGCGGCUGCGGCUCUGUCUGCUCCUGUGGCUACCUGUGCUGCAAUCGACCCAGACAUGCCUGAGCUGCAAGCAGGUGCACCUCUUCCUGCUGUUGUGGCCGACCGGGCUGCUCCUGACCUAGACCCCCCUGAACCGCAACCGGGUCUAGCUCCUUUUUGCGUCCUACAGCCAUGGGCAAGACAACCUUUGAAAUGUUACGAUUGGCCACCAGCUUCAGCGCAGAUGCCUCGGUUGUCCAUGGGAGGCGGUGCAAGGUUGCAACCAGUGGAGGCCUCGCGGUACCAGUGUCGCUUAUGCCCGUAUGCAUCGAAGUGGCGAAGCAACCUGGUGCUGCACGAGCGGGUGCACACAGGCGAGCGUCCGUUUCGGUGCCACCUGUGCAGCCGCGCAUUUGCAAGCCACUCAGACAUGGUGCGACACCUGCGCACGCACACCGAUUGGCCACCGGCUUCAACAGAGAUGCCUCGGCCAUCCAUGGGAGCCGGUGCAAGGUUGCAACCAGUGGGGGCCUCGCGGUACCAGUGUCGCUUAUGCCCGUAUGCAUCGAAGUGGCGAAGCAACCUGGUGCUGCACGAGCGGGUGCACACAGGCGAGCGUCCGUUUCGGUGCCACCUGUGCAGCCGCGCGUUUGCAAGCCGCUCAGACAUGGUGCGCCACCUCCGCACGCACACUGGCGAGCGACCGUUUCAGUGCCCGCUGUGCCCGGCCACUUUCACCCGGCGUGGCAACGUCCGUGUUCACCUCGGCUUGCAUGACCUGCCGACAGCAGCGGCUCAACGCAACAGGCUUCCCCGCUCUGCCUUUGACCGCAAGGGGCAUUGACACUGCAGUCACUCCUGCAAGUGCUUUCACGAGGCUGUCAUUAUUCGGGAGGAGUUGACAGGACAUGACUUGUUUUCUAAUAGGUGCUCCCUGUUCUUCAUAGGGAGAGAUAGUGUUGUGACCCUAUCAGGUUAUCAUUGCUAAAGAAGGGCAUUCAGGUGAAUUGGAUUUGUUUAGUUAUGUCAGUGGUCAGGCAUGUUGGUAUCCUAUGAUGAAACUCCUCAGUGAAGCAACAAUGAACAGGACAGAGGGUGUAUAAGAGGCUGUUACCCUCAGCCUUUUCAUUGUUUCCACACUAAGUGUGAUCUAGGAUUUGAUCCACAUGUUUGGUUGAAAGAAAUAUAACAUGGCACGUAGAAAUAAACACAGGCAUCCUCCUACACUGAAGCAAUGAAAGGCAACUAACACAGGACACACGAAAUGCAUGCAAGCAUUACUUUGCUGUGUCAGUUGCAAAGCAGCGCUUGCAUGUGCGUCUACUUGCUCUAUUGCACUUUCAGUUGUAACAUUAACAGCAGUGGCGUAGUAAUGGAAGGGGGAGGGGGAGUUAGGGCGGCUGUGGGUCCCGGGUGCCAGUUUAGGGUGGGGGAGGGGUGUCAUAUUUGUGUGAAGACCCCCCUCUUUCUGCUGGCUUGACUGGGCACAAAUGAUAAAGAAUGCUCUGGUAACCAGCAGCCCGAGCUCGUGUACCUGAUGUAGCAGAUGUGCAUUGUCGGCUGCAGCUUUAUCAACAUCCUACGUAAAAAUCGCACGAAUGUCCGGGCUAAAAAUUUAAUUCGCUAAAUGGUUUCUGCAUCGUCAGUAUGUAUACAGCGUUCCAUUUAUCAGUUUUGCAUCAUUUGUAUUAUUUUUUUAUCAGUUUCGCAGUGUUGAAUAAAAACACUGUCUCCUAGUCCUA